AUGGCAGGGAUACUUGAGGACCAAGAACGCUCGACUAAAACGGGAGGUCGGUACAUCAUACAAGAUGUGGAGGAUGUAGAAGAUCAGCAUCACAUCCCACAUUCGGGUCCCUCCAACGCCGUGAUCCCCGACGAUGGACACAUCGUUACCCAGUAUGAACGCGAAAGCUUGAUCCGAGGCCUGGGACAACGUCAUAUCCAGAUGAUUGCCAUCGCGGGCGCAAUUGGCACAGGUCUUUUCCUCGGUUUAGGUGGCUCAAUAGCCGCAGGUGGUCCGCUCGGUGCAUUACUAGGUUACAUGUUCAUCGGCCUGGUCGUCUGUAGCAUUCAAUUUGCACUUGGGGAAGUCUCAGCCCUACUUCCAGUCACCGGAUCUUUCGUGCGACAUACAGAAAUUCUGAUCGAUCCCGCCCUUGCAUUUGCAGUCGGCUGGAAUGUUGUCUAUGGAUGCUUUAUCAGCGUUCCCAGUGAGAUCUCCGCUAGUGUUGUUCUGAUUCAAUACUGGACCGAUAUCAGUGCCGCAUUAUGGGUGACUCUUCUAAUCGUGUUGUCCGUGGUUGUCGCAAUAUCCUUCAUUCGCGUCUAUGGUGAAAUCGAAUUCAUCUUCGCCAUUCUCAAGAUUCUGUUGGUCGUUUUCGUGGUCAUUUUGGGCCUCGUCAUUGAUCUUGGAGGUGUGCCGGGUGUACCACGACGGGGCUUCGAUUACUGGAAAGAUCCCGGUCCGUUUGUCGAAUACAUUGCGACUGGGUCUCUCGGUCGAUUUCUCGGCUUCUGGGCUGUGAUGACCAAUGCAGUCUACUCAUUUGCCGGUGUCGAAUCUUUGGCCAUGGCCGCUGCUGAAACAAGGAACCCGCGGCAAAAUAUCCCAAAGGCCUGUAAGAGAGUGUUUGCGCGUGUUUCUAUCUUCUAUCUUGCCGCAGUUUUGGUGGUUGGCAUGUUGGUUUCUAGCAGUGAUAAACGUCUCGGUACGGAUUCUGGCACAGCCGCUACAAGUCCUUUUGUUAUCGCUGCUGGCGAUGCGGGAAUCAAAGCUAUCCCUUCUGUUGUGAAUGCUGUUUGCUUGACCUCUGCAUGGUCUGCGUCAAACCAGAGCAUCUUGGCAGGAACAAGAACAUUAUAUGGUCUUGCGAUCAAGGGCCAUGCCCCGAAGGUUUUCUUGCGGACCACCAAAUGGGGAGUGCCGUAUAUGUGCGUGCUAUUGCAGGUUUCCUUCUCUCUCCUAGCAUACAUGUGCGUUUCCAAUAAUGCCAUGAAUGUCUUUUGGUGGUUCGUUGAUUUGACUGCGGCUGGCACCUUGGUCUCUUGGAUUAUCAUCGCACUGAACCAUAUUCGUCUAUUGCAAGCUCUGGAUAAUCAGGGCAUCUCACCUACGGAGCUGCCAUGGCAUAACCGUAUCACCAGAUGUACCAGCUGGUUUGCUUUGGUUUCCUGUGUCGUCAUACUCCUCACUGGAGGCUUUACGGUUUUCACAACUGGAAACUGGGAUCCCGCCAAGUUUGUCUCAUCAUAUCUGGAUAUCCCACUCGUUCUCUUUGCAUAUGGAGGCUACAAGUUGAUCCGCCGGACAAGGAUUCUUCCUCUAGUCAUGGUACCGGUUCAGCAGGCAAUAGAAGAAGCUAAUAAUGAUCCAGAUAACGUGCCGAUCAAGAAGGAUACCUUCUGGGCGAAGAUGAACAUCCUUUGGGGCUGA